AUGAGUGUACAGGGUGAAUAUAGGCCCCCUGACUUGGACCUGCCUGUCUCUGAGCUCCUGUGGAGGGCCAACAAGGAUGUUGUGCACACAGAGGAGGAGCCCAUCGUCGUGGAUGACAUCGCUUACGACAAUGAAAAUGAGAGGAACGCCGAUCAAUGCACCUCCCGUGGCUGCAUGUGGGGAAAAUCUAACGACGGGAAGGUCUACGUGCCCUACGUCAUUGCCAGACAUUAUUCAGCAGUAAGUGCCGCCUUUGCGUUCCUGACACACAUACACAUUCCCAUUUGUAAGAACCACAUAUGUAGCUGUUACUCCUACGUCGGCCGUCGUGGUAACUCCCAGACGUUGUCUCUGGACCGCCAGGGUUGCGUCUACCACAGCACCGUCCAGCACGAGCUGCUCCACGCCCUCGGCUUCAACCACGAGCAGUGUCGCUCAGACAGGGACCAGCACAUCCGCAUCCUGUGGGAGAACAUCCAGUCUGGUUUGGCUUAUGCCUUUGACAAGAUGAACACACUGAACAUGGACACACCCUAUGAUUCCAACUCUGUCAUGCAGUACCACAGGUAUGCCUUCUCUGGGAACAAUAAACCCACCAUGGUGCCCAUCCCCAACGCCAACGUUGAAUUCGGCAAGGCCACUCAGAUGAGCAAGAACGACAUCACCAGACUGAACAGGCUGUACAAAUGUUAAACAGUGAUGAUAAGAGGCCUGACAACACAGUGCUGCUUCAGACAUCAGAUCACUUGUUUUAAAGGACGUUUUCUCACUAUUAACUCUUACAUACAGUUCAAGUCAAAUUUGAAAUUUG